AUGGGGGUGACGAGCGCCGGGUGCGAGGCGCUGGGGAUGGGCGUGGCGCCCCGCGAGGAGCAGCGACGCGUCAUGGCGAGUUGCCCCGAGCGCCUGGACCUGUCGGACGGCGGGCUGGAGCGGCUGCCCGAGUCGCUGGCGUCGUUCGGCGCGCUGCGCGAGCUGUCGCUGGCGCGCAACCGCCUGGGCGCGGCGUCGGCGGGCGGCGAGUGCGACGCGCAGCUGCUGGCGCGGCUGCCGCUGCUGCGCGCGCUCUCGCUGGCCGGCAACGCGCUGCGCGUCGCGCCCUGCGCCCUGCUGCGCCUCGCCCACCUGCACACGCUCGACCUCUCCGACAACGCGCUCGCGCACCUGCCCGCCGACAUCGACCGUCUCACCAGCCUGCAGGAGCUGCGCGUGGAGCGCAACCAGCUGCGCGAGCUGCCCGCUGCGCUGAGCCGCCUGGGACGCCUGCGCGCGCUGCUGGCUGCGCACAACCGCCUGUCUGCGCUGCCGCCCGCGCUGCUCACCAUGCGCGCCCUCGCGCUGCUCGUGAGUGUCCUCUGCUCUCCUCAUCCUCUUCUUAUUUCUGCAGGGAUCAACGUUACCAGCUCACUUUUGUUGGUUCAAACAAAAUAA